CAAGCUUUAACAUAUCAUAUCAUAAUGCAAGCUGUUCUUAGCAUUGUUGUUCCUCCCCUUCUCCCCUCCUUAACACCUUCCAACAACCUUUCUCAUUUUCCCUCUUCUUCUCCCUCGAUCCGCUCUCACUCUUCCUCGCGCCGUUCGACAAUCAAAGCAGUUACCGCUGUCGCUUACGAUACCUCGGUGGUCGAUUACAGUUCUGUAAUCUCGGUGUUUCCUGCAGAAGCAUGUGAGACCAUUGGUGGAGAAGCUUGCUGGGCCAACAUUUUCCCAGAAGUGAGGCUUCAGGCUUCUGCAGAUAGCGAUGAAGCAGCCGCAGUUGCCUUGGAAGAGAUUGAUAGAGAGUAUCUUGAUUAUGCUGCCCAGUCUAAGACAGUUUUUCCAGGGGAGGCUUGCGAUGAUCUUGGUGGAGAAUUUUGUGGAGCCGAGUUUCUAAAUGGCGUUUUCUAAAUCCCCCCGCUUAUGCUCUUUAGUGUAUUGUAUAUAUAGGGCUUUUAGCUAGGCCAUAUCACAAAUUGUAUAACCGCUUUUUAGAAUUCUCGACCCUUAAGUAUUUACUCUAAUCCUUCUAUUUUCUAUAACGGUAUGAUUUUAGUACGUUGGGUUAAGUCAUAUCAUAGGUUCUCCAACCCACGUCUUAGAACUCUCGAUACUUUAAACAUUUAUCCCUUUUGUUUUCUAUAUUCAACUAUUCUUGUGGGACAACGGUUUAAUUCUACUACAUUUGGUUGGGUCAUAUCACGAGAGAUCAGUAA